UACAGCCUGCUGAGGACUCGGGAAGUGUUUUUUGAAUGUUCGGCGCGUUUUAACCGCGGCGGAAGAAAACCGAGAAUGGCCUCCCCUACCACAUGCACCGAUGAGGGGGCAUUCAAGACCCCUAAAACCGUCCGAGUUAGGAGCUUUGGGAGCAACGGAGGGACCCCAGUGACCAUCCCGGCUUCGCCUUUCAUGAAGAAGCUGGGCUGUGGGACCGGCGUCAACGUUUACCUCAUGAACAGGAUGGGGAAGCUCAACGCGUCUCCCUGGGCGGUGAAGAAGAUCAACAGUAAGUGUGCAACCAAGCAGCUGCCGGUUUACCAGCGGCGCCUGAACGAGGAGGCGAAGCUCCUGAAGGGAAUCCAUCAUCCGAACAUCGUCGGCUUCCGCGCCUUCACCACGGCCAAAGAUGGAUCCAAGUGUCUGGCCAUGGAGUACGGAGGAGAGCAGUCCCUCAACGACCUGAUCGAGAAGAGGAGAGAGGACGGCCUGAAGGCUUUUCCCGCCGCCAACGUAGAGAAAGUGGCGCUGCACGUUGCUCGAGGCCUUCAGUAUCUGCACAACGAGAAGAAGCUGCUGCACGGCGACAUGAAGUCCUGCAACGUCGUCAUCAAGGGCGACUUCGAGACCGUCAAGAUCUGCGACGUCGGUGUGUCUCUGCAGCUCGACGAGAACAUGAGAGUGUCGGACCCGAAGGCGGAGUACAUCGGCACCGAGCCGUGGAAACCGAAGGAAGCUCUGGACGAGGGAGGGGAGAUCACCGACAAGGCAGACAUCUUCGCCUUCGGGCUGACUCUGUGGGAGAUGAUGACGCUGGCGAUGCCUCAUCUGGAGAUGCUGGAGGGUGACGGGGAGGAGGAGGAUGAUGAAGACUCGAUGGAGGACAGUUUCGACGAGGACGCGUACUACGAGAAGCUGGGGACGAGGCCGGCGCUGGAUGCCGAGGCUCUGGGCGCCGCCUACCGGAGGAUGGUGGAGCUCUUCUACCUCUGCACGGAGGAAGACCCCAAGAAGAGACCCUCGGCCGGGCAGAUCGUCCAAGCGUUGGAGAGCAACGCCCCGCUGGAUAAAACGCCCGCUGAGGUGAUCGUGAUCGACUGAUGCUGCUGAGUUAGAAAUGUUGCGGUUUGUUACGGGUUUAUAUCAGAGAUUGUAUGAACACAGCCUGAAUCCCUGCCACUGCUUCCUGUUUGUACCACAGAGGAUUCAACUCUCUUACUGUACAUCUGUAUCUGUUAUUUCUCUCCUUUUUCUAGUACGUCGACUUUUACUGUGUCACUGUUUUUACUUUCUUUAUUCUUCAACUUACUCUGUAUGUUUGUGUUCCUGCACUUCUGUAAACUUUGAUAUUUCAUGA